CCUCCAUCCAAGCAUCAAACAACUGCAGAAAGAAAAAAGAAAAAAACACACAUACCACUCAAAAAGGAGAGCAAUGUCGUCAAAGUGGGCUUCUCUGCUUCUGGUUCUGGCCUGCAUUGUUCUCCACAUCAGUGCCCUAGUGCUUGCUGACCAUGACGACGUGGCAAGGUACCGAGACUACGACGACGACUGCCGCUUUAGUCGCCGCGGCUGUGGUGGACGUUACGGCCGUGGACCAGCGUGGGGACGGCCUGGAAGAGGCGGCGGAGGUCGAGGUGGCGGCAUUGGAGGGGGAGGCGGGCUUGGUGGCGGUAGAGGCGGCGGCGGGGGCCUAGGUGGCGGUGCCGGGGGAGGCGGAGGGCUCGGUGGUGGUGGAGGUGGAGGCUUGGGAAAUGGCGGUGGUGCCGGGGGAGGCCUUGGUGGUGGUGCGGGAGGAGGUUUGGGUGGCGGAGCUGGUGGUGGUGCCGGAGGAGGUUUGGGUGGCGGAGGAGGCGGUGGAGUUGGGGGUGGAUCUGGGCAAGGUGGAGGUUUCGGGGCUGGAGGAGGAGUGGGUGGUGGAGCUGGGGGAGCUGCUGGAGGUGGUGUUGGCGGAGGCGGUGGUUUCGGUGGUGGAGGAGGCGGUGGUGUAGGUGGGGGAUCCGGACACGGCGGAGGAUUUGGUGCGGGAGGUGGAGUAGGUGGUGGAGCAGCUGGAGGAGGGGUUGGUGCCGGUGGUGGUGGAGGAGGCGGCGGAGGUGGUGGUGGCGGUCUUGGUGGUGGUUCGGGACAUGGCGGAGGUUUUGGAGCCGGUGGUGGUGUUGGGGGUGGCGUGGGAGGUGGUGCCGCAGGCGGAGGAGGGGGCGGUGGUGGCGGCGGAGGAGGUGGUGGAGGUUUGGGAGGAGGAUCUGGCCACGGAGGAGGGUUUGGCGCCGGCGGUGGUGUAGGAGGUGGAGCUGCAGGUGGUGGCGGCGUUGGAGGCGGAGGAGGUGCUGGGGGAGGCGGUGGUGGCGGACUUGGUGGUGGGUCCGGGCAAGGUGGAGGGUUUGGUGCCGGUGGAGGUGUUGGAGGAGGAGCUGGAGCCGGAGGAGGGUUAGGCAGUGGAGGCGGUAGAGGUGCAGGUGGUGGUCUCGGUGGCGGACGUGGCGGAGGAGCCGGUGGUGGAUUUGGCAUUGGGAUUGGUGUUGGAGUUGGCGUCGGCAGUGGUGCCGGAGCUGGGAAAGGAGUUGGAGUUGGGAGUGGCUCUGGCGGAGACGGCGGCGGCAGAUGAUUCGUUACUUGGUCGGGCGUCUGUUGAUUUCUGGCAGAUGUUCAUAUAUUACCAUUAUCUUGGCAUUGUUGGGAAACUAGAUCCUUUUGUUGAUUUCUGGCUAUGAUUUUGUUGUUUGGAAAAAAAGAGCUAAUUAAGGUAUGUGUGUUAAUUAGCAACUUGAUUAAUUAAAAAGCGAGAGAAGUAAUGAGGGUUUAAGUUGGAGUUUUUACUCAUUUGUUCAAAUUUAACGCAAGUCAUUAUGUUACCAGCUGUUGCCUCAAUAUUCCUAAUCAGCAUUCAUAUGUAGGCUGGUAGGCUGGUGGCUGGUUCAUCGGACUUCUCAUUCGUAGUCGAAUCAUCGAACUCCAUGCAUGGUUUGCAAUUACAUCCAUAUGCAAGCUAUUUGUACACUAUCUUGACUCUCGAGUCGUGACUAUUGACCUUGUGUCAUGUUAACUAUCAAAUAUAUAGCUUGAUGAACU